AUGGUGUUGGCCGCUGUACUUUCCAUGCUACGCUAUGUAGCUGGAAGUGACGACCGAGAUUUUGUGGAUCGACUUCACUCGUACUUCACAUGCAAUUUACUCAUCGGUCUUGCAGUAUUAGUCUCCUUUAAACAAUUUGGUGGCAAACCUGUAGAAUGUCUAGUUCCAGACAUCUUUAGUAGUAGUUGGGAACAAUAUGCCGAAAAUUACUGUUGGGCAAGUGAUACGUAUUAUGUGCCAACGAAUGAACCGGUUGCCGGUCUGCAUACCGAUGAAAAACGGCAGAGGAAGAUAAGUUAUUAUCAAUGGGUGCCAUUUUUCUUGUUGCUCGAAGCUGCUUGUUUCCGAUUGCCAAGUCUUUUAUGGAAGUAUUUGGCUGGUCAUUCUGGAAUCAAAAUCAAUGAAAUCGUCAAACUGUCAUCUGACCCAAACAACAUCAAACCUGACAUCAAAAGAGCCAACAUCAAAUCUCUCACCGUUCAUCUUCAAGGAGCUCUUCGAUUUCAUCGACGUCUUCAAAAGAAACAAAUCCGACCACAUCGUUUUCUAUGGCUCUUCAACCUACCGUACUCUGCAUUCUUCGUCACCGCAAUGUAUCUUUGUACCAAAUUCUUUUACCUUGCCAAUGUCUGUCUUCAACUGCUUUUUAUGAAUCGCUUCCUCGAAACAGACAAAUACAAGUGGUAUGGAUUCGGAGCUCUGGUUGAUUUGCUCAAUGGCACUACUUGGGAGCAAUCAGGAAUGUUUCCAAGAGUUUCACUUUGUGAUUUUGAUGUUAGAGUGAUGGGAAACAUGCAAGAACAUACCAUACAAUGCGUAUUGGUAAUCAACAUUUUCAACGAGAAGAUCUUCAUUUUGUUAUGGUUUUGGUAUUUGGCUCUUCUUGUUUUUACAUUCGGAUCGUUUGCCUACUGGUUGAUUGUUUCUUUGUGGGGUCAUCUGAAUAGAAGAUUCAUCAUAAGACACCUGGAAAUGAGUGACAUCGCAUUUGAUUCAUCAGAAGAAGGAGUUUACGACAAAGUGAAACGGUUCAUCGAUAACUAUCUAAAAAGUGACGGAGUAUUUGUGAUUCGAAUGAUGACACUGCAAUCUGGAGUUAUAUUUGGAACGGAUCUAGUUCAAGAACUUUGGAGAAAUUUCCACGGAACAGAACCUCAAUUGAAACGAAGUAACUCUGCUCCGAAAAUCGAGGAAAGAGAAACCUGGUGGCCUGCUCCUCCCACUCUUGUGAAUCCGAUCAAUCCCUGGAGAUAUACAGAUCAAAAUCAGGCGAAUGCGUUGAGAUGGAGAAGAGCUCUGGGAGCCAAUGUGGAUAAUACCAUUGCAACUCAGGAUUUGAUGGAAAAGUUGUUGCCAGAGAACGCGCAUAUGAGACCUCCAGAUGAUGAAUUGCUAAGACGUUACCCUAUUGCGGUUAAGGCGUCGUACAUUGACGAUGAUUCGAACUCAACAAAGAGCAAUCAGAAGAACCAAAACCAGAAUCAAGAUGACCAACGUCAAUCAAAUCAGUAUUCAAAUCAACCUCAAUUUCAAAAUUCCAAUUCAAAUUCCAACCAAUAUUCAACAUUUUACCGAUCCUCCAGUCUCUCCCGAGGUCCUGAUAGUCGUCCAGUUUCUACAGCAACUGAUAACGGAGAUCAAUCCAAAAAACCUCCAAUGAGCACAUUCAAAUAG